AUGCUGGCAACCGGUGGCGACGACGAUCUCAUCACGUGGUUUGGCCUAGCGGAGCUGCUGGCUGCAGGCCGGACGAGCAGCGCGAUGCCGAUGCACACCUUCCGCGAGGAGCAGGGAAUCGGCAAGAACAUGGCCGUGCUCGCAGUCGCUUUCUCGCUGGAUGGGAAUUGGUUCGCCGCAGCUGGUCGGGGAGGAGCCGGGGCCUUGUGGGACGUCCAACAGAUGACGAAGGUUCGGAUCCUGGAGCCCGCCCUUGAGACGGUCAGCAAUGCCCAGAUGGCUGCGGUGGCCGGCCUUGCUUUUGCACAGGACGGACAGUGGCUCGCCAUCAGGGGCCCGGGAUCUGUCAAGAUGCUCCCCAUGGCCAACGUGCAGCAGGGCCUGCCAGUCCCCAGCCCCAAGUGGGUCUCCUUCGACGGGCAGGAUUUAGGCCGGGCUGUGCUCACGUGGUCGUCGAUGCCACGGCCCGAAGGCAAUCUGCCACAGCAACACAUCCAUCGCCAUGACAAUGGCACUGUCCUGGC